GUCCACCCAGGUUUGGGCCCCGACGGCCAGUUCAUGCCCGGAGACAUGAUGCCACCGUCUUCAACACCGGAGCCCAUGGGCCCCCACGAGCCCUUCGGCAUUCCGCGGAGCAUGGGCCACCACUUCAACCCGUCGCUGUCGCCGUCGCUCGCCCACCACCACCCUCACCACCCACACCACCAACAGUUGCCGGAAAUGACGUCAGAGGUCUGGUGACAAUUAACCAUGGGGCACGGACCGUAACUGACCCAUGACGCGCUGACCAGAGGCGUCACCUACGGCUUGAUUAGUCCUGUUUCCCCGAUGCCCGGGAGGGAUACCUUUCGAAAGGGGCCUGAUUCCUCGCCUGGUUUUCAAAUUGCGCACCAAAUGAAAGUGGUCACCACAACAACAACAACAAAAAAAAGAGUGAUUUUUCAUUUUGAGAGUGUGACAAAGAGACAAUAUGUCCUAAAAAAGAAAGGAGGUGAAUUUCUCCUGACUUUUUCACGUGACAUUCUGGACCUGAAUGUAUUAUUUUAGUCAUCUCGACUGCCAAGUUUAUUCAAUUUUUUUUUUCUUCCGGGAAAUGUGUUAAAAAACGAAUUCUUAAAAAAAAACGUUUUCGUUUCAUUGUGUGCGCUAUAUAAUUAUUAUCAUAAUUGUUAUUUAUUGUUACCUUCAAC